CAGGACUACGAAUUUGACUAUGAUGAUGAUGACGAUGGUAUGGCUGAUGAGGCGGACGAUGUGGAGAAUCAAUACUAUAAAGCCAAGUCUCUGAAAGAGGACAACGCGGAAGGUGCUCUAAAAGCUUUCAGAACUAUUGUGAAUGAUCAAUCCGAGAAGGGAGAAUGGGGUUUCAAGGCUUUGAAACAAAUGACAAAAAUGAAUUAUCUUCACCUUAAUCGACCUGAAGAAGCCCUAAAGACAUACCGCGAAUUAUUAUCGUACACCAAAAGCAACGUCACUAGGAAUUACGCGGAGAAGUCUAUCAAUAAUAUCCUUGACUACGUAGGUGGAGAGGGGAAACAUGCUGCCAUAUCGCCUCAAGUGCCCUUGGACACAUUAGAAGAGUUCUAUGAGGCAACACGGAUAGCGUGUGAUGAAGCGAAGAAUGAGAGACUAUCAACCAAGUCAAAUCUGAAGUUGGCAAAGUUAUGGUUGGAUCGGAAAGAAUAUGAUCGUUUACAACCUAUCUUGAGGCAAUUACAUGAUGCCUGUAUGCCCGCUGCCGGUACCAGCUCAGAAGAUCAGACCAAAGGAUCGCUUUUGCUGGAACUAUAUGCCAUAGAAAUUCAGAUGUACAGUGAUUUGAAGGAAUCACGCAAGCUCAAGGAAAUCUAUUCCGCCUCGAUGAAGGUCAAGAAUGCCAUCCCGCAUCCUAGAAUCAUGGGCGUCAUCAGAGAGUGUGGCGGGAAGAUGUGGAUGAUGGAAAAAGCAUGGGACAAGGCGUCGACAGAUUUGUUCGAGUCUUUUCGACAAUACGACGAGUCCGGCUCACCUCAACGUAUACAAGUCCUAAAAUACCUAGUUCUCACUUAUAUGCUGAUGGGGAGUGAGAUCAACCCGUUUGAUUCACAGGAAACGAAACCAUAUCGAAAUGAUCCCCAAAUUACCGCUAUGACAUCCCUCGUUUCAGCUUACCAAGCCCGCGAUGUUCAAGCGGCUGAACGUAUCCUCAAAGCCAACAGAGCGACGAUUACUAGUGACCCUUUUAUCAGGCAAUUCAUCGACGAACUUCUCAAAUCACUGAGAACGCAAUACAUAAUUGAUCUCAUUAAACCGUAUACGAGGAUGGAGCUUGAGUAUUUGAGCAAAGUGUUGAACGUUACCAAAGAAGAGGCGGAAGCUUUGGUGGUGGGGUUGGUUUUGGAUGGACGGAUAAAAGGGAAGAUUGAUCAAGUGAAUGGGUUAUUGAUAUUGGAUCGAUUCGGUGCAGCAGAGAGAGAUCGAUAUAAAGCUUUAGAUCACCUGGCAUCCUCGCUCCAGACAUUGUCAAAUAAACUCAUUUCGGAGAAUGUUGUAAGAAGAGGGCAAUACGAGAUGGGAGUGAUUGGUUAG